AUGCGCGCGCGGCGCAUCUGCUGGGCUCCCGCUCCGGGGGAUCCGGGACACUCCGCGGGAGGCGGCUCGUACCAGGAGCGGCGGGUCAAGCUGAAGGCUACUGUUGACUGUCCUGAGAUCAAUUUUCUUUGGACCCAGUAUCGCUGCUUGGCCUUUCUGAACGCCAUGGCGUCCAAUGUGUCGGGCUUGCGCGUUCAGCUGAACGAAGAAAAGACCUUGAAGCUCAAGGGGAGCAAAGCCAAAGCUAAGGGCCCACCAGCCUCCUCUUCGGCCGCAGCCCGCGAACAGGAGGCGUACCAGUCGGCGGCCGCCGCGAAGCAACGCAUCUGGAUCGUGAAGCCCGCGGAGUGGGCCAACCGUGGCUGCGGCAUCCGUGGCUGCGGCAGCGAGUGGAGCAUCUACACCUCCAUCGAGGAGGUCAGGGCCAGAGUGGAUUCGAAGGAAAGGGCCUGGGCCAUUCAGAAGUACAUCGAGCGACCCCUACUGAUCCACAAUCGCUACUUGACUGAAAGAAGGGCAACUAGGCGGGCCCGUCCCACCCAAGGUGCAGAGCACUAG